AUGUCGUCUCUAUUCAGCCAGAACUCGAGCGAUUCAAAUCGGUUUACCAAUCUGUCGAUUAAGUUUCCGCAGCAACAGCAGACUAUCUCGCAGCAACAAGGCAGUAAUCUGCAACCCCAGAGUAGCCAACAGGCUGCGAUUGCGUCGCAGGGACAGUUUGUACCCAAUGAGGAGAAGCCUCCUCGGUGGUUCAACAACCCGCGGAAGCGGACCAUCCCCCAGAACAUCAUUAAGAGAUCUUCGAAGCCCACGUCGUCCGAAGGGCCUACGCCGGCUCCCAGCUCCGGAAAUAGCUCUUCCACAUCGCACUCUGGAUUUGGGUCUGUGACUUUUGGGUCCAAGAAGUCCAACAUCUUCAAUACGCGGGCGAACACCCAGGGGCACGACAUGAUGACCCCUGGGAACGUGAUUGAUUCGAAUGAGGCACCCCCAACCAAAUCACUUUACGACCUGCAGCGAGAGGACGAAUUUGGCUCUGUAAUUCCAUCUGGUGUCGGUGAGCAACGGCAGCAACCGCUAGCACUUGCGAAGUCCAAGGACGCCACUUUGAUGCGCAAUGUGUUCGACCGGGAACUUGAGCCCAAGAAGGUCAAGAAGGACGACCAGUCGGCAUCGGCUUCUGCCAGUCACAACGAGAGCGCAGUGCUUGUAUUUGGAUAUCCGGAAUCCAUUUCUAACCAGGUGAUCUUACAUUUUUCGAAGUUCGGCAACAUUUUGGAGGACUUUGAGGUCUUACGUGGAGUCUCUGGCAUGCGGCCGACGGCCAUGAAGGUCUCUGGGAGGCAGCAUACGGAAAAUCGGAAGAAGUAUCCUAUCUUCACUGGUGACGGUUGGAUAAAGCUAACCUAUGACUCUCCAUCAUCAGCGCUACGUGCACUGCAAGAAAACGGUACCGUUUAUGGUGGUUGCCUCGUGGGUUGUGUGCCAUACAGCAAACAGGCCGUAGAACAGCUUGCUUCUUGUCACAUUGAGAAGGCUGACGAUAUUGGAGGCGUUAAUUUCAGCGUCGCACAGACACCCAACAACUCUCUAAACGCCGGUCAUCCGAAUGGUGAUGAUCAGCCCGUGCCAGGAUCUCGAGAGGAUGACCACGCGAGAUUUACCUUUUCAACCAGAAUGUUAGAUAUUAAAGAUGGCAAAUCGUUGCUGGUGCAUAAUGGCAAUGCCCAUAAUCAGAAUUUUUUGAAGAACUUGGAGGAUAAAAUGCGGCAUCAUGAUGCGCAUACGCAAGCCAACAAAGGGGUCUUAAGCAAAGUGAACAAUUGGCUUUUUGGCUGGAACGAAUUGUGA